UAUGUAAAUAUAUAUCACUUUUGUAUAUUAAGGUAAAUUUAUGUGUGUAUAUAUGUGUUUGAUAUAAAUUAAUGCUUGAUUCACAAGCAAGGAAAGUCGUCUAUAAGAUUUUGCUUAUAAGAGGUGAAAGCAAAGUUGAGAUUGUGUGAUGUUGAAUGCAGGCAUAUGUGAAAUUCGUAUAAUAACGCACAACGUUGAUAUAGGUCUAGGCUUUGCUAAUGUUGGAAUGAUAUGUAUUAAAGAUAAAAAAUAACGAAACAAAAACAAAAUAUUUAAAAAGUUCAAUAUAAAAAUGGGUAAUCACGCGUCACGUAAUAUAACCAAUUCUCAUAAAAAGACUGAUGCAGUUACAAAUAAUGGCAAUACGCAAAAUACAAAUGCGGUUUCACGAAGUUCCUCUGGUAAUGACAUCGAACAUAAUUCUACACCAUUUUUACCAAUUGAUAAUCUAGCUAAGAUUUUAUCGCAUCUUACAUAUGAAGAAGAACAUGUACAUGGAGUUACGAUGAGUAUAUUUGAAAAGUACUUAUUUCCUAAUUAUCCUACAUUAGCUAAAAAUUUAUUUACUUAUUUGCAUCACUCUGCUGAAGCAACUACGCCACAUUUGACAGUUUCUAUUUUCAAACAACAAGCAGAAAAGUUUUUAUCUGUUAUGAGCGAUCAAACUAUAUUAGAAAAUUAUAUAAUCAUUUAUUCUAAUAUAAAAAGUAAAGAUAUAUGUCCCGAUCUACUUAGAUCUUUACUUAUGAAUUGUUAUCAACUGGCAAUGGAUAGUAAUGGAACUGCAACGUGUAUUUAUAUACAUCGUGUUGUCAAUGCUGUUGUUGUUUCAUGUUUUCACGGUAAGGAAAGUUUGUCUGUGAGUUAUGUUAAUAAUUGGAUGUGGCAUCAUUGUCCACGUGUUGUACAUGGACUACAUUGUUAUGUAGUUCAUGUGUUGACGACAGCUUAUAGAAAUGGUAAAGCACUGUUAUCAAAAGAACAACCGCAACCACAUUUAGAAAUUCCAACACCUGUAUUGGAAUGUGCUGACUGGUUUGAUCAACCUCAAUCAUUAUUACCUGUGAGCUAUGUUUGGUUAUUAUCAACUACUUUACCACAAUGUUAUCUUCAGGCAAAUAAUACACCCAAGGAUAUUACACACGCCAUUAUAGCCAAAACUACCGGCAAUACAUGUCCUAAACACUGGACUUUAUUAUAUAAUAGUUCAGAGCAUGGAGCAGGCGCUAAUCGCUUUCUUCAUCAUGUACUAGGCUACAGAGGUCCAACAUUGUUACUUGUAAAAGCUGCUGAUCCAAAAAAGGAUGGUGAAUAUUUCAUGUACUGCAUAUGCUCAGCAGUUGAAUGGCGUGAAAGUCAUCUUUAUUGGGGUGAUGAAGAUUCAAUGGGACUUCAGUUUAGUCCAACUUAUAGAGUAAUAGAAAAAGGACCUAAAGUAUUAUACCUAAAUACGGGAAUUAGAGGUUAUCCUCAUGGCUUACGAUUUGGAAGUAAUCCACGUACACCACAUAUAAGUAUUGAUGAAUCAUUCCAUUCAGUCAGUAUCGCAGGUGCACCAUAUCCCAUUGCUACUUUAGAAGUUUGGGGAUGUGGAGAUGAGAAGUUAAGAGAACGCCAAUUGGAUAUUAAAAAGUGGCAAGUAAAAGAAGCAGAAAGACAAAGAAUUGUUAAGUUAAGUGCAAGCGAUUGGUUAGAUCAUCCUGACCGUUAUCUUCUAGAACUAGCAGGAAGAGCAUCUUACAACGAAUCUAAUAAGUAAUAAGGAUUACAAAACUGUAUUAUGAAACUUACAAAUUUAUGCAGGAUUAGGGAAUGAAUAUUUUUGUAUAUAUGUAUAUACUACUGAAGUUUUUCUUCAGAAGAAAAGUGUACUUAUUUCUUAUGCCUAUAUGUGUAUACAUAUAUGCAUAUAUAAGAUUGCAGGUAGAAUGUCCAUUUACAAUUUUAUUUUUGCAAUGUAUGUACUUACGCACUUAAGCACAAUGCCAAACUAGAUUGUAGACAAUCAGUAUAUGCCGUUUUAUUUUAAUGAUUUUUAAAAAGAAUUAGGAAAUAAUGUGACUUUUUAUAAGUUUAUGCAUACUUAAAAGAAACUCCAAUGUUAUAUGAUAUAUACCUUUAUGUACUUAUGGUUUUUACAAAAUUUGAUCAUAUUGAUUAUGACGUGUUAAAAUGUACGAACAUUUUCUCAUUUAAUAUGCUUAAUAAUGUGAGAAAUUUUCUUUUAUUUUAAAUAAACAUCUAAGUAAAGA